AUGGCUUCGACAAACUCAAAUGAGGUUAUUCAGCCCUUCGCCAUUACAACGCCCAGAUUGAUCAUUGUACCCACGCCGAUCGCCGUGUCAGUAAAGCCUUACCGCCAACUUUACGCUGAGCUACACGCAGAUGCAAGCUUCUGUGAAAUGGGUUUUGGGAGUCACUUUCCCGUAAGAAAUUGGACCGAUGAUGAAACGCGCGACGUAAUCGAGACGCGCGACAUCGGUCGGUCAUGGCGGAGAUAUGCAAUCGGCGACUUUGCGGUGGGCCUGCGUGGGCCAGUUCAAUCCGAUCAAGCCCCAAGCCAAAGUUACAUUAUUGAAGGAGAGAACUUCGACGCUUUAGCCGGCUCAAAUUUGGAACAUUUUGCCGGUAUUGAAUGGGUUGGCUACGCCGGUAUUCGCGACGCGUCGACCACGUCCCUUCCGCCCCGAGAGGCGGGGGAUCCUGCCCUUCCACCAUGGCAGGAAAUGGUGGAAAUCAGAUAUGGUGUUUCGCCCAAAUUCUGGGGCAAAGGAAUGGCAAAGGAGGCCGCCGAAGCCGUCAUGCGCUGGUCUGUUGAAAGGAGAGGCGUGAAAAGAUUCAUUGCCGAAACAGAGCGAGAUAACAAGCGCAGUGCCAGACUGCUGGAAAAACUUGGCUUUGUAAAUAGUGGGACGGACUAUUGGAAGGAGCCAAGUGAGAUUGAAUGGGAGUUAAUUGUACAAUAA